AUGAAUCUCUCACUCCUUCACGUCUCAAUCAGCGCAGUCACGUCCUCAUUCCAACCCGACACGCCUCUUCAGGUCAACGUACGAGUUCAAAACAAUGCCGAUCAUCCCGUCACGAUACUGACAUGGGACUCUCCACUGGACCCACAAGCCGGUCUUCUUGGCCUCUUCGAAAUGGAGGACGUUGCAACCAAGCAGCCUGUCGCCUUGGCAACUGCAAGGUUCGCGCGACAGCUGCCACCGUCGCCCGAUAGCUUCGUCGAAAUCAAGAGCCACAAAGAUCUCAAUAGCUCGACGACGCUACCCACUAUUGGCCUUGGGCUGCCGCCGAAAUCAGAGUAUAAAGUUGAGGCGAGAGGGUCAUGGCGAGCUGUGUGGGAUGGCACAAAGGACGAAAUCAGCAGAUUGACGCUAGAGUCGAUGACAGGAGGCAGUACGGGCGAAUUUCAUUCGAACGAGUUGACGGUUGAGAUCAAGUAA